UUUACUGAGUUUGAUACAAGGAUGUGAUGUUCAAAAUGACGCUGCUGUGGAAAGAAAUGUGGAUAAAACGUCAGCGGAACGACUGAAACCGAUUGAACUAGUGCAAAGCGCACAGAAGAUGGCAAGAUUAUAUCAAGAAAUAUCUACGCAUAAAAUCGCCUUUUCCAAGUAUUCUCCGUAUAUGAUCGCUGACUACAUUCAUGGCGUUCAAACUGUUGCUGUUCCAUCGGUUAUCAGGGAUGCUCUCACUUCUGGUGUUUACUGCUUGUUCGAAUUGUGUGGUGAGCAUGAACUGUCGCUGUUACACGCUGUCCUGGAGAAAGGAUCGCGGGAGCUUUUCCAUUCCUUGCACGCGGACUACACCAAAUAUCACAAGUUCAAAGGCAAAGUUUGAUCUUGACGAGGAGUAAAAUAAAGCGCAGAAGCGUAUAUAAAGUACUGAUAAAGAAAAGGAUGAUAGCAAUAGUAUAUUUUUUUCUUAGUAAAGCUUGCGAAAGCGAAAAGGCACUUUAAUGCUAUUUUGCCCUCAAGUUAGCAUCAUCUGGCGUUUAACAAAGUAGAAAAUGUUGUUAUGGUUCUGUUGCGGUGCACAAGGUGUAAUGUUUUCUGCUUACUUCAAGAAAUAUUUGU